AUGUGGCAGAUAUACUUGCAGCCAGAAACGCUUCUUUUCUUUCAGGUUCUUAUAUUGCUUAGUCUGUCGCAUUAUUAUGUAAACAGUGCAGAUGAAUGUACCUUCCAAUUGCUAUUACUGUUAUCUGGAGUGCGAUUAAGCUGUGAAAAGUUUAUAUUUUCCUUCCAGCCUUUAGAUCGAGAUAAACCAGAUGGCCGACCUCAGUGGAAGUUUACUGUAUUCGCUCAAGAUGAAGGUGGGCAGGGCCUAGUAGGUUAUGCCGAUAUCCAGGUAAACGUCAAGGACAUCAACGACAAUGCUCCCAGCUUUCCCAAGACAACUUACUUUGGCAAUGUGACAGAAAACGGAACCGCAGGAAUGUUUGUCAUGUCAAUGACAGCAGUCGACUACGACGACCCAGACGAAGGAACAAACGCUAAACUUACUUAUACUAUCGAGAAGAAUGUUAUUGAAGAAGAAGCCGGAGUGCCAAUAUUUGAAAUAGAACCAGACACCGGCAUCAUUAAGACAGCAGUAUGUUGUCUUGAUCGCGAGAAAACGACGGAUUACGCUAUUCAGGUUGUCGCCAUUGACGGUGGAGGAUUGAAAGGUACUGGUACUGCAUCAAUUAAAAUUCAAGAUGUGAACGACAUGUCGCCGCAUUUUACUAAGAAGGAAUGGUUCUGCGAAGUGGAGGAAACUGAUAGCAGAAACAUACCUGAAGAACCUAUUCUCACAGUGAGCGUGCGUGAUGAAGAUGAAACAAAUGAUUUUGUCUACGAAAUAAUCGAAAACAGCGGUUACGGUUCAGAUAAAUUUAUAAUAAUAAGUAACAGUGAUGGAAGUGGUUCUAUUAAAAUUGUUAAGGACCUUGAUUAUGAAGAUCUCAUGCAGAGACAUGGAUUCAGAUUCAAGAUACGAGUUAGUGACAAGGGACAUAAUGCUGACAGUGACAUAUAUCAUACAGAUUAUUCCUGGGUUUCUGUUAGGCUUCUAGAUGUCAAUGACAAUAAACCACAGUUUGAAAAUGACAAUGUUGAAGUAUUUGUCAAUGAAAAUGCUGAAAUUGGAACAACAGUAGGCAACUUCCAAGCUUUAGAUGCUGACAACGGCGGAAAAAGCAAAAUUAAAUAUGUAAUCGAUCGAGCAACUGAUAGGAGGAAACAGUUUUCUAUUAAUAAUGAAGGAGCUGUGUUAAUCCAAAGACAGCUAGAUAGAGAGAACCAUGCUAAACAUCAGAUCAGGAUUCUGGCAAUAGAUGAUGGCAUGCCAGCAAAAACUUCAUCUGCGACUUUAAUGGUAAUUGUUCAAGAUGUUAAUGACAAUGCACCAAGAUUAAUUGAAGAUUAUCAGCCUGUCAUUCUUGAGCACAUACCACCAACUAAAGUUGCAGAAAUUUUUGCUACAGAUGAUGAUGACAAAUUAAAAAGUAAUGGACCACCUUUCAGUUUUAGAAUAGACCCAAAUGCAAGCAGUAUAAUCCACGCCUCCUUUAAAGUUGAGUGUGAACAAACUGCCACACAGGGUGAUGGUAUGGCUGUUCUGUCCUCACUUCGGUCAUUUGACAGAGAACUGCAGAAGCAGUACAUCAUACCAAUUAUUAUAAAGGAUUCAGGGAAUCCUCCAAUGUCUGGCACUAGCACACUAACAAUAACUAUAGGAGACAUUAAUGAUAACAUGAUGCUGCCUGGGAGUAAAGAUAUAUAUGUCUACAACUUCAUGGGCCAAGCACCUGAUACAGAAAUUGGCCGUGUUUAUGUAUAUGAUCUGGAUGAUUGGGAUUUACCAGACAAAACAUUUCAUUGGGAAACUACAGAGCACCCAUUGUUUCAGCUGAACCCAAGCACAGGAAUGAUAACAAUGCGAGAAGGAACACCUAAUGGCAGGUAUAAACUGAAAUUCAGAGUUUAUGAUCACAAGCAUAACCAAGCUGACAUCCAAGCUAAUGUUACCAUAACAGUGCAGAAUAUUUCAGAGGAAAAUGUUGAAUCUUCUGCUUCAGUUCGAAUAGCAGGAGUGUCGGAUGAAGAUUUCAUCAGGACUUGGAGUGAUAGAACAAACACUCACACAGCCAGCAAAUUAAGCAAACUACGGGACAAAGUAGCUGAACUUUUAAACAUUCACAGAGAAACCAUUAUUGUUUACAGUGUUCAGCUUCAUUCAAGAAGUCCAUCAAUUACUGAUGUCAGAUUUACAGUUAAUGGCUCAAAAAAGUAUAAAUCCUUUGUUCUGAAUGGUUUAAUUGCAAUGCAUAGGAAUGAGAUUGAAAAAGAAGUUGGAAUUAAUAUCACAAUGGUUGGUAUAAAUGAAUGCCUUCAUGAAACAUAUAACUGUGAAGGAAGUUGCACAAAUAAUGUCAGUGUGGAUAAAGGGCUCCAUUUAGUAAAUGCUAAUAGAACUGCAUUAGUUGGUGUAAAAGUCCAUGUGAUGCCAGAAUGCACCUGUGCAGUUCACAAAUUUAUCUUGACAGAUAAAUGUCACGAAAACUUUUGCUUCAAUGGUGGAAGGUGCAUAGAUACAAGGUUUGGCCCCAAGUGCUCCUGCUCUAGUGAAUUUAAUGGUCCACGAUGUCAGCAAACAUCUCGCAAUUUCCAAGGAAACAGUUGGGCAUGGUAUCCUGCUCUUGAAGUGUGUGGCAGUUCACAUCUUAGUCUGGAAUUUAGAACAAAAUAUAAGGCAGGGUUAUUAUUGUACAAUGGCCCAUUAACUUCCCCAGAUGGAAAUGAAACACUGCUUUCAGAUUUUAUAUCACUUGAAUUGGUAGAUGGGAUGCCAAGACUUCUGAUUGACUUUGGCUCUGGCACAUUAGAGCUCAAAAUAAUAACAAGAAAAGAGUUAAAUGAUGAAGAAUGGCACAGGAUCGACAUUUUCUGGGACACAGAAAGUGUUCGAAUGGUGCUGGACUUCUGUAAAUUUGCGGAUAUUACUGAGCAAGAGGAUGGAAGCUUAUCAAAAUUUGAUUACACAAUCUGUCAGGCUGAAGGUGUUGUACCACCUUUCAGUGAAUACUUGAAUGUCAAUGACCCACUUCAGAUAGGUGGCUGCCACAGACAAGAGUUUGACCCACAGAUGUUCCACUGGCAUGGAGCUCCUUUUACAAAAAGUUUCAGUGGAUGUAUUAGAAAUAUUUAUUACAAUAGGCAGUUUCAGAAACUCAUGUUAGUUGACAGACCUUAUGCUGGAGUAAUGCAACAAACCAAGGUGAAUAUAAGCUUAAUGAGAUCUUUCUUAAAGAUAACUGAUGGACAUCAACAGGUGAUGAAUGCUGGUUACUGCUGGCAAUUUAGUUCUGAAAGCGGAUUCCCUACUCCUUAUGUUUCUAAGAUCAGUGGAAACAAGGAUGUAGAUUUUUACAUCAGCUUUCUUAGCACCUCUCAGUACCAGGGACAGAUUUUUAAAAUUUAUAGUAAGAAUGCUGAAGAUUAUGUAGGGAACGUCUUCGGAGACCAACUGUAUGGUGUCAGCGAUAGAAAAACCGAAAGCUUGAAAGGCAUCCAGGCAGGCCGAGUGACUGAUUUUUCACUGUGUCAAUCCCUGAUAUUUUCUUUGAAACACCCAACAACAAAAUGUUUCUCAUAUGUUGCAAAUAUGGCCAACCUCUUCAUAUCAACAAAUAUAAGUGGAUUUUAUCAGAAUGCAGCAUCCCUUCAUCAUUCAGACUUACAAGUGGACUUCAGUCACUUACUUUUUGCCUUCAUAUUAGGCUAUUCAUCACAUGAAAUGAGUGAUUGUAGUUUAUUUGGAAGUCUGAAUGGUGAAAAUUUAAUCUUGAAAUCAAAAGAGUUUGCCAAGUACAGAAUCAAUCAGUGGGAUUUGUACCAAAUAUUUACACUUGUAACUCAUAACCAGCUCCCUAAGCAGUGUAAAAUUUAUGAUCUACUGGAUCUGGGAUCAUCGGGUUUUUCAUACAGUAAUAGAGGCAACUGUCCUACACAGAGGCACCGAAGCCCAUGCAGUAUAGGGCACACAGGGGCACGUUGUACUGGGUCAGUGCUACCCACAAGUUUUGCCCCAGGGAGCUACAUAAAAUAUGUGCUCUCUUUUGAACCCAACAGUUUCUCCACUGAUCUGCAGCUACGCUUCCGUACAAGAGAAAUCAAUGGGGAACUCUUCCGAGCCAGUGAUAAGCAUGGCCAUGAAUAUGCUGUGCUUGAGAUAAAUGACAGCAAGCUUCAUUUCUAUUACAACCUCAAUAGCCUUCAACCAGAAGAGAAAGAUUUGUGGUUGAGUAAUAUUACAGUCAGUGAUGGACAAUGGCACACAGUAAAGGUGACUCGUUAUGGAUCAGUUUCUAUUUUGAUACUUGAUGAUGGAGAAGGUUUACGAUACAAUGAAAGUUUCAAGUUCAGUGGCCACCAGCUUUUGGUUGUGGAUAGGCAAGAAGGUGUUUAUGUUGGAGGAAAAGCUGAGUAUACAGGUGUUCAGACAUUUGAAGUUCACAAUGACUACCAGAAAGGUUGUAUGGAGGACAUCAAACUUGAAGGGAAACAAUUACCUCUGCCACCUGCUGUUAAUGGAACUCAGUGGGGACAAGCUACUAUGUCAAAGAAUUUGGGUUACAAAUGCUUUUCAAAUGGUCCUUGUAUCAACAUUGUAUGCCCUGAGCCAUUCAUAUGUGUUGAUCUCUGGAAUGAGUAUGAGUGUGCAUGUGGUGAAGGUAGAACAUUGUCACAUGAUGGAAAUGCUUGUAUAGACCACAAUGAAUGUUUGAAUAUGCCUUGUCUGAAUGGAGGUACUUGUAUAAACCAGGAACCUGAUCUCCGUUAUAGUUGUGUGUGUCCAAAAAAAUAUGGUGGUGUAAACUGUGAGAUGUUGCAAGAGGAACUAACAAUAAAACUGGGCACAGAUGCAGUUGUGGCCUUCUUUGUUUGUAUUAUUGUUAUCUUAUUGUUAAUCUUGAUUUUAAUUGUGUAUAAUGCCAUAUGCAAAGAAGACACACAAAAGAAAAAAGAGGAAGGUUGUGUUGGAGAAAACAUCAUAAAAUAUGAUGAUGAAGGUGGUGGGAAGGAUUCUAUGAUGGAAUCAGAUGUGACAAAUGUGCAACUGGAUAGUAAAAAAUCAAUGGACGCAUCAACAGAGACAUUAUCCAAGUAUCCUUUAGAUACUGAGCCACAUGUUCGCCCAUCCAUUGAAGACUCUAGUUACAGCAAUAGUCAAAUGGCCUCAGUGGAUGAUCUCCACAAUUUUAUUCAUGAAGGAAGUGGCAGUGUCGCUGGAUCAUUGUCAUCACUGGCAUCAGGGACAGAAGAAGGAGACCAAGAAUUUGAUUUCCUGAGCAAAUGGGGGCCAAAGUUUCAUAAAUUGGCGCACUCAUACAGACAUAAACCCACAGAAAGUGAAGAAGAGGGUCAACAAGAAAUGUUUGUGGACUAUCAACAAAAAUCGCUGAGUAAUAUUUCAUACAACUCCUGACAGGCUAUUGCAAUUUUGUAAAAUUU